CCCCCCAGGGCUCAGCUGGGGCAGUUUAACCACAAACAGGAUUCACCUGGAGCAGGCAGUCUGGGGGCAGGUCCAUAACCACCCCUGCAGUGCCUUCAGGGUGUGCUUAUAAAACCCAUAUCCUGCUCGCCUCCUGGGCUUUCUCUCUCUCUUUCUUUUCCUUUUUCUUUUAUUUUCUUUUUAUUUUUUAAUUUUUUUUUCUUGCCUUUGUGUUUUGGGAGCCUUGGUUUGGAACUGAGGGGAAUUUGGGAGUUGCUGCCUCAGGGUGUCUGGGUUGUGCUGCUAGACCUUUGAGCUUCCACCCUUCUAGUGCUACCAAGCAGGUGAGGAUACAACAGUCACUUUCCCCAGUGCCCCUGACCUGGGCUGGGUUUUUUGGGGCUGCAGCCCAGAGCAGGGUUCUGUCCUAGGGCUAGUGUGGUCAGGGCAUGCCAGCACUAUCUUUUUCCUGUGUUGUGUCCCAGGUGAAGGACAAUGUCUUUACAUGGCUCUGGAGUGGCCUUGGGACUUGACUCCCAGUCCAGCUGCAGCACUCCAGUGCCUGUACCAAGGAAUUCCCUGCUGGCACAGCCUCUCCCUCCCCCAUGGAGCUGCUCCCUUGCCCUGCUCGGCCAGGAGGACAUCGUGGAGAGCUACAGGGGGAACUCCUGUGAGCUGGGGGUGGCUCUGCUGGACUGCAGCUGCUCGGCUCCGGACCCGCAGCUGGUGCGCAGGAUCGUGGCCCAGGUGGAGUUCUACCUGUCAGAUGAGAACCUGGCCAAGGAUGCCUUCCUCCUCAAACACGUGCAGAAGAACAAGAUGGGCUUUGUCAGCAUCAAACUGCUGACAUCCUUCAAGAAGGUGAAAUACCUGACCCGGGACUGGCGCCUCACCCUCUAUGCCCUCAAGUUCUCGGUGCUGCUGGAGGUGAACAAGGAGGGCACCAAAGUGAGGCGGCGGCUCCCCGUCCCCGAGUACCUGCUGAGCGUCCCCCCCAGCAAACUGCUGCUGGCCUGGGAGCUGCAGCCGCGGGAGCAGGACCUGCCGCUGCAGAAAGUCUUCCUGGAGACCAUCACGAGGAUGUUCAGCCCCUUCGGCGCCAUCGCCUCCAUCCGCCUCCUGCGGCCGGGCCGCAAGCUGCCCUCGGGUGUGCGCAAAUAUUCCUCGCGGUUCCCCGAGCUGCUGAGCCGCUGCUGUGCCCUGGUGGAGUACGAGAGCCUGGAGAGCGCCCGCAGAGCCUUCGAGAACCUCGGGCACCGCGACUGGCACAGCAUCAGGGUGGUCUGGCUCUGCGGCAAGGGGGGCAGGAAAGCCGGGGAGGAGCGGGCGGGUUGGAAGGUGCCGCCGGCGGCUCUGACCUUCCCCUGCAGCCUCGAGCGCUCCCUGCCCGGCAGCUCUCCGGAGUCCGACGAUGCCUCAGGGUCCCUGUCUCUCCUCCUGAACCGGGACCUGAUGGCACCGACCUGGCCCGGCAGCGACUUCACGCCUGGAAAUUCCGGCGCCUUCCCCGGCUCGCUCCUCAGCAGCAAGGGCUUCCCUGCGCUCGGGGUGGGCUUGGGCACCGAGAGCCGCCGGGGGAGCGCGGCGGGGUCCUGGACACCCUGGGGCAGCAGCCUCCGUCCUGUGGCCGAACCUCCUCCCAGCGGAGCCCUGGAAGCACAAUGGGGGUCCGAGCCCCUCAGCCUGUGGGACGGGGUCCUGAGCCUGCCCCGCAGCCCCGAGGGCACCAAGGGCUUCGGGAGAGGAGAACUCGUCCUCCGGCGCUGA